CUGUUUUGCGGCCAUGACGGCCAAUUCAUCAAUUCCAUUCUAUGUGAUCAUCGCAAUCUGCCUGAGGGGUUUUUGAAGGCAGUUGCAGGGCGAGGAAGAAAUUGCCUCCCCUCUUCGCGAUGGAUACAUGAAACCUGUCUCUCCUGUCCUCUGAAUGUUGGACUCGUCUCCUUGGGUUGCUCUUACGUACUGUGAUCGUCACCUAAAGUUUUUAAUAUUUGGGUUUGCAAUCCCUGCAUCCCUUGUUGUUUUUCUGAAUUAGCUCAGCGACUUUCAAAUUCAUUGCGACUCUGUCUCAUGGAACAACCGAAAGUUGCUGUUUAUUCUGGAAGUGGAGUCUUUCCAUCCCUGGCAUAUUAGGUUUCGGGUUCCCAGACUACUGCAAGACCGGUGGUGCACACUCCCGCCAUACGGUCCUUCCAGAGUCUAAGCCAUUGCUUUUUGGUCACUUCUUGCGGUUUAUGUUGAAAAGUUACGGAAUUUGGCGAGGUCAUUUAGCGAGGACUGGGGUGCUGAACUUUGUUGCAGCUCUUUGAAGCUGCAAUUAGCUGUAAAACCACUACGCCUAGUCUCGAUUUUGGAGCUUAGCUCAUGUACUUAAAGAAAUUUAUAAUAGGGUUCGGAUCUUCGAAGUAGUUACAGCAGUAAAUUGUAGUUCUUUGAGGGUCUUAUUUGAGAAGUUGUAGAGGGUAGGGCUCUUGUGUAUUAUCCAUGCCGAAGCGCGGCUGCUCUGGCCUUCAAGUGUCUCCUAUGCAGUUGCUCGAUGACGCUUGUUUAGUUCGGAUACUUACCUUUCUCACCCCAUUGCCAGACCGAUUCAAUGCUGCAAGGGUGUGUCAGAGAUGGCAGAAAUUAGUAUCCGACAAGCGCAUGUGGCUGCAUGUGGCACCAGGCUUAAAGUCCUCUCCAAACCAGUUUUUAUCUCUUCAGGACGCAGUGACGAGUGCCAGGCCGGGAGACACAAUCCUCAUUGCUCCUGGUGUUACGCAUGUGACUCCCAAUAUUCGUAUAAACAAGCCUCUCUUUUUGGUAGGAGGUGGCGAAACAGCUGAUGACACUGUACUGCUCUGCCCUCGUGGGUUCGACAGUGCGUUGGAAUUCUUAGCCAAUGGAAAAUUGGCGAACUUGAAAAUCACAGCAGAACUUGGAAGCUGUUUAUUGCACAGGAAGGGUCGUCUUACUGUUGACAACUGUGCUCUCCAAUGCGUCGAGCAUCCAUUGGAUCAUUUAUCGUAUCCUAUUAUGAGCACCGCAGAUGAUCAACCCUGUCCAAUCACAAAUGGGUCAAACGAAGUAUCAGUGAUCGAGACCAGAAUUGAAGGAGGCAUUAGUUGCGUCAAUACCACUGGCAAGCUUAAGCUGCAACAGGUAAGGGUGCUAUGUGGAAAGGCGGCAUGGACUUUUUGGUUCCAAGUGGCAAAACAUGUGAAGGAGGAAGCAUCGCUUGUGUAUUGCAAGGCUUGAAAAACUCUUGACUCUGUACAUUGUAUCAUCGUUAGCAGUAGAAGCACAUGAAUAUUGGGAGAGAAGUGUUGCACAUUCCUCUUUUCUGUUAAUCCAUUCUUGACUUGGUGAUGUGGGUCACCUAGAUUGAUCUGAUUAUCAUCGCUAUCUCGAUAGUCUUACCUUCACACUUCCGGGAAGGUUGGAGACCAUGCCAGGACACUUGUGGUUUACUGGUAGAUGGUGGAGGACUUUCGUGAUUUUUUCGCCAAGUGCAUGAUCAAAAACAUGGAUAAAUCAUACAUCUAACAUCCAAAUAGGCGCAUUUUUUCCUGUCGGAACUCGCAGUGAUUCACUGGAAAGAUGCUAUUGUAUUUGUUGGGUUCAGUGACCUAAACCACACUGCACCAUUCUUUUCA